AAACUUAAAUCUGUCAAGUAACUUUGACUUCUUGAUAACUGAUACCGUGUUAUUUCAUUGAUAAUACGAAGAAUACACAUACACUAAGAUCGGAUUGUUAAUAUCUCAGUUGUGUGACACGAAUCAUGCUCAAAAGAGGUAAACAACUGAUAGUAUAGUUAGAAGUUAUUACGUGCAAACUGUGAAUAUGUCCGCGUCUCCAUCUACUUCUACUACCGAUGCCGUGCAUCCUCGGUUUUUAGAGAAACCUGUCAUUAAUGUUGGCGUUGGUGGUUUAAAAGUAGUGCUUGUCCAGUUGGCAGUGGGCAUGGACAAGCACCACAAUGUGACAGAAGCAGUGAAACAGAUACACAUGGCCAAAGCCAGCGGGGCCCAUCUUGUCGCACUGCCGGAGUUCUUCAAUGCACCUUAUGGCACUAAGUACUUUAAAGAAUAUGCGGAGAAGGUACCGGACGGUGAGUCGUGCACGGCGUUGAAGCGCGCGGCGCAGGAGGCGGGCGUGUACGUGGUGGGCGGCACGCUGCCCGAGCGCUGCGGCGACAAGUUCUACAACACCUGCACCGUCUGGGACUCCGCCGGGAACCUCAUCGCGCAACACAGGAAGGUCCACCUAUUCGACAUAGACAUUCCCGGCAAGAUAAGGUUCAAAGAGUCGGACGUGCUGACCGCCGGCGACUGUAUCACCACGUUCGAGUGCUACGGCGUCAAGAUAGGCCUCGGUAUCUGCUACGACCUGCGCUUCUUUGAAAUGGCACAGCUUAUGGCUAAAGAAGGUUGCAGCAUGCUGAUAUACCCGGGCGCGUUCAACAUGACGACGGGUCCGAAGCACUGGGAGCUGCUGGGCCGGUCGCGGGCCAACGACCUGCAGCUGUGGGUGGCGCUAGUGUCACCGGCCCGCGACGCCUGCGCGGACUACGUGGCCUGGGGACACAGCAUGAUCAUCAACCCUUGGGGUGCUGUCGUUGCUCAGCUGGAUGAGAAGCCUGGACAGCUUGUUGGUACUAUUGAUAUGGAACCGCUAGAGGCAGUAAGAAGUCAGAUCCCAAUCAGAUCGCAGAGGAGAACAGAUUUGUAUGACACCAUCUCUUGCAAAAAAUAACAGUUUGGUCCAUAAACCGAAAUUUUACUUUUAUACCAACACCAUACUUGACCUUAGGCAAAGAACUAUACACCCUGUUAACUGUUAAGUAAGGUCUAUUUUGCGUUGUAUUGUUAUACCAAUACGCCAAGUAUUGGUAAUGAAUCUGAAUUUUGUAUAGAUUUGUUAAUCUGUUUAUUUUAAAGAAACAAAAGAUACAAUUUCAUUGUGUUUUCUUUUCUAUCGUUAAAAUUUUAAUGGAAUAUUGUGUGGAGGGGACAAUAUGGGAUAUUUUAUUAUGAUAUUAGCCCAAGAAUUUUACUAUAACUUUCGUGAGACAUACUAAAUUAAUCAUUAUGUUAUACUGCUACUGUAGUAGCAGUGUGACAGUCGCCGCGUCGUGUCGCGGAAUGCUACUCAUGAAUAUGAGCCUCUAGCAUGGCUUGAAACUAGUCGAGUUCCUCGUCAAACAGUUACGUGAGUAAGCCGUUAACAUAAUAAUUAUUAAUGAUAUUAAAUUAGUAAAAAAUUAAAAAACGAUGUUUCGAAUGUAGUCUAUAAACGUCACAUUAACUGCCGUACUCAGAGUCAUUUCAUGGUUACUUAACCCAGUCAUUAGCAAUUGUUUUCGGAACAAAAUCUUUAAUCGUUUAGUAAUCAUUAAAUGUUUCUGAGUACGGCAGUAACUACACAUGUUUUGUAUCUAUAUGCUCAAAAGAAGGACACUCACUCCAAAAUGGUAUACAAGUCUACUAAGAUUAAAAAUGUUUUAAACCAAAAGGGAACAAUUGCUGCAAUUUAAAGAAAAUAAAAUACUUAAGUAAGUUUUAUUCUUAUAUACAUACACUUUUAUUUAAUAUAUUACAAUGUUACUAUUACUAUUUUAUAUGUUAUUUUGAUAUACUUAUAUUGGUUUUCAUUAAAGUUUUGAAAGUA